UUUCCUAAUCAAUAAUUUCAUAAACAUUUCUUGUAUUAUUCAAAGUUGCCAAUUCUGAUAUUGGUAAUCCAAUUAAAGAGAUUGAAAGGAUGAGUGUGGAAGUGUUAGACUGUGCCACCAUUGUUAACUUCGUUGAAGAUGAAGAAGCAUUCAACAUCUCAAUACGAGAGCGAUUUGCUCACCUGGACACCAACCAUGAUGGGCUACUGUCUUACACGGAGUUGUCCAAGGAUUUGCAGAGUCUCAGGGUGCUCGAAACUCACUUCGGCAUCGACAUUAAAACGGACCCAAAGGAACUCGCUCACGUUUACGAAUCACUGUUCGAGCAGUUCGAUCACGACUCCAAUGGGACGGUGGAUUUAGAGGAGUUCAAGUUGGAGACCAAGCGGAUGAUGCUUGCCAUGGCUAAUGGGAUGGGUUUUUUGCCUGUUCAAAUGGUGUUGGAAGAAGGCAGCCUAUUGAAGAUUGCAGUUGAGCAUGAAUCCACCAAACUAAUUGCUGCUUGAAUCUCUUCAAAAACGUCUAAAUCCUCACGUCUUGCAACAACUCACAUUUUGUUUUGCUUUCUUUAAUAAUUAGAGAUUUUGAGUUUGAAUCUGCAUCCAUCUUUUUCAGCUUUUCAAAUUUUGUUAAAGCAGUGUUAUGCUUCGUCAUCGUUUAAAUGCAAAAUUGUUUGUAGUU